UCUAGAGAGUGUCUGUGAUCACUGUCCACGACAGACAAGUCAGCCAUCCUCACAAGGAAGCGAAGAAGCACCGUGCAAAUACAAUAGUUUGCGAAAGACGUUAUGUGUUUGUCGUGGUACUUGCUCUCCAUAGGUUGUGAAGAUGGAUCGUUUCAGUGGUAAAGAAACAUCGGCUAGGCAGCAGACACCUGCAAACAAGAUUUGAGUCGCGAGCAGUGUUAUAAUGUUCAGCGCAGUCAACACUAUGACUGAUGGGGACUAUGAUUACCUCAUCAAGCUCCUGGCUCUGGGGGACUCUGGAGUAGGGAAAACUACCUUUCUAUACAGAUACACAGACAACAAGUUCAACCCCAAGUUCAUCACCACAGUGGGAAUAGACUUCAGGGAAAAGAGAGUGGUGUACACAGCGUCGGGCCCCAAUGGAACCACAGGGAAGACCUUUAAAGUUCACCUCCAGCUCUGGGAUACAGCUGGACAGGAGAGGUUCAGGAGUCUGACCACAGCAUUCUUCAGAGAUGCCAUGGGCUUCCUGCUCAUGUUUGACCUCACCAGCCAGCAGAGCUUUCUCAACGUCCGCAACUGGAUGAGCCAGCUGCAGGCCAAUGCGUACUGUGAGAACCCAGACAUGGUGUUGGUGGGCAACAAGGCAGACCUGGCGGACCAGAGAGAGGUGCAGGAGGAGCAGGCUAAGGAACUAGCCGACAAGUACGGGAUCCCGUACUUUGAGACGUCGGCAGCGACGGGGUCUGAGGUGGACAAGGCGGUCAUCACUCUGCUAGACCUGGUCAUGAAGAGGAUGGAGCAGUGUGUCGACAAGCCCACCGCCGAGCCCGCCAAUGGGGGAGGAUCCACCAAGCUGGAAGAUGCUGCGCCUGACCAGAAAAAGUGUGCAUGUUAGACUUGGCCCCUCCCACGUCCCCUUCUCCCUACUCUGAUUGGUGCUCUAGCACCCCCUCUGGUGGCCAGACACAGAAGUGCAGCAGCAUUAUGACAGAGUGAUGUAUGAGGGGGCAGCUCAGUCAGCCACACUGCAAUGGCGCUGUAGUUCUGGCCUUGCACGGCCUGUGUGUACUGUGCUGGGCCUGACUAUAUGUCUCUCCUGUCCUGUCCUGUGUUGCGUCUCAAAUGUCACUCUGUUCCCUAUUACAGAACUCCCGAGUGGCGCAGCGGUCUAAGGCACUGCAUCUCAGCACUAGAGCCGUCAUUACGGACACCCUGGUUCAAUUCCCGGACUGUAUCACAACCCGCCGUGAUCGGGAGGUCCCAUAGGGCGGCACACAAUUGGCCCAGCGUCGUCCGGGUUAGGGUUUGGCCGGGGGGGGGGGGAGGGUAGGCCGUCGUUGUAAAAUAACAAUUUGUUCUUAACGGACUUGCCUAGUUAAAUGUUAACUAAAAGGUCAAAUAAAUAUAGUGCAUUACUAGUCAUACAGUAUGAAUAGGGUGCCAUUUGAGACAAGAGUCUGGACUACCAGAGGCCUAUGCUUUAUAGGACUUUAUAUCCCAAUGUUGUUUACAAGUGUAUGUCCAAUCUAAUCUACUGCCUUGGCUGUUAAGGCCCUAUCCAUAUUACAGUACCAAUAUUACAGAAUAUUAAUAAAAACAUGUGACCAGUUAUUUAUAUAUGAGUUAUAUAUUAUAAUUUGUUUGUGAAUUUUAAAUAUAAGUUCUCUUUUUUUAAUGUAUUUUUUGUUUUAGAAUAAAUUUAGAAACUAAUUAUUAUUAUUCCACACAUUAAUUUGAAUGCCCAAAUAACAGUAGACAAUAACAGUGUCUAGCUAAACAAUAACAGUGUCUAGCUAAACAAUAACAGUGUCUGGCUAAACAAUAACAGUGUCUAGCUAAACAAUAACAGUGUCUAGCUAAACAAUAACAGUGUCUGGCUAAACAAUAACAGUGUCUAGCUAAACAAUAACAGUGUCUAGCUAAACAAUAACAGUGUCUAGCUAAACAAUAACAGUGUCUAGCUAAACAAUAACAGUGUCUAGCUAAACAAUAACAGUGUCUAGCUAAACAAUAACAGUGUCUAGCUAAACAAUAACAGUGUCUAGCUAAACAAUAACAGUGUCUAGCUAAACAAUAACAGUGUCUAGCUAAACAAUAACAGUGUCUAGCUAAACAAUAACAGUGUCUAGCUAAACAAUAACAGUGUCUAGCUAAACAAUAACAGUGUCUAGCUAAACAAUAACAGUGUCUAGCUAAACAAUAACAGUGUCUAGCUAAACAAUAACAGUGUCUAGCUAAACAAUAACAGUGUCUAGCUAAACAAUAACAGUGUCUAGCUAAACAAUAACAGUGUCUAGCUAAACAAUAACAGUGUCUAGCUAAACAAUAACAGUGUCUAGCUAAACAAUUACAGUGUCUGGCUAAACAAUAACAGUGUCUAGCUAAACAAUAACAGUGUCUAGCUAAACAAUAACAGUGUCUAGCUAAACAAUAACAGUGUCUAGCUAAACAAUAACAGUGUCUAGCUAAACAAUAACAGUGUCUAGCUAAACAAUAACAGUGUCUAGCUAAACAAUAACAGUGUCUAGCUAAACAAUAACAGUGUCUAGCUAAACAAUAACAGUGUCUAGCUAAACAAUAACAGUGUCUAGCUAAACAAUAACAGUGUCUAGCUAAACAAUAACAGUGUCUAGCUAAACAAUAACAGUGUCUAGCUAAACAAUAACAGUGUCUAGCUAAACAAUAACAGUGUCUAGCUAAACAAUAACAGUGUCUAGCUAAACAAUAACAGUGUCUAGCUAAACAACAACAGUGUCUAGCUAAACAACAACAGUGUCUAGCUAAACAACAACAGUGUCUAGCUAAACAAUAACAGUGUCUAGCUAAACAAUAACAGUGUCUAGCUAAACAAUAACAGUGUCUAGCUAAACAAUAACAGUGUCUAGCUAAACAACAACAGUGUCUAGCUAAACAAUAACAGUGUCUAGCUAAACAAUAACAGUGUCUAGCUAAACAAUAACAGUGUCUAGCUAAACAAUAACAGUGUCUAGCUAAACAAUAACAGUGUCUAGCUAAACAAUAACAGUGUCUAGCUAAACAAUAACAGUGUCUAGCUAAACAAUAACAGUGUCUAGCUAAACAAUAACAGUGUCUAGCUAAACAAUAACAGUGUCUAGCUAAACAAUAACAGUGUCUAGCUAAACAAUAACAGUGUCUAGCUAAACAAUAACAGUGUCUAGCUAAAUGUGCAUAAAAUACAGUAACAACUUUAUCAUAUUGUAAUAUCAGUCAGGAAAAUAUAUUGCCAAAGCAGAAAAUCUAAUCUCUUGAUAACUGCUGUUGGCCUGUUUGUCUGUGUGCCAAAAUCACCUUCACAUUUUCCUGUAGUCCCGGGGCAGGAUUGUCUGUCUGUCUGUGGUUGUUAUCAAGGGCCUUUGACAUUCCUAGCUACUAAUCUCAUGUGACAGACUUUAACAAUAAAUCUAGCUAGUUAGCUAGUGCACUCGA